AUGUCCCAGAGAACCGGCCUGUCCCCGUCCAAUGUCUCCGAAGCAUCCACGUCCUCGCAGCCCUCAGUCGCCCAGCCUUCGGGCUCCGGGGACACAAUGUCGCUCGAGGCCAGGAAAUAUGUCACCCAGGCUUGUCAACCCUGUCGUGCCAAGCGAUCCAAGUGUGACAACGCCCAUCCCACCUGCUCAGCUUGCGUGGGGCGAGGGACCCUGUGUGUCUACUCCGAUGUCGAUCGCCGGAGAGGCAAGCUGAGGGCCAACGAGACGGAUGCUUUACAGGACAGAGUCCGGAGAUUCGAGCAGAUUAUCAACGCUCUGACGCAGGGGCCCGAGGAGGAUGCGUACGACUUGCUGAGGAGGAUGAGGACCAACCAAUCUCAAUCUCCAGGCAGCGAGGGGUUGGCGGAAUGGACACACUCUCGGGAGAGGGACGCCGAUUUCAACACUCCGGUUGCACGGGUCUUUACGAUCAACGACCUACCACCGGAACAGUUGAUACAGGACGGCAUCAGAGCAUACUUUAACUGCACGUAUGCACUUUUAUAUAUCUACGAAAAACACGAGAUGGACGACAUCUUUAGCAGGGUCUACCGAACCCACGAAGCUGUCGACAACGCGACUCUGUGCGAACUCUGCGCCCUUGCCGCGGUCGGAAGCCAUUAUGAUGGUGAUAAGUUUGACGCAGCGGCCAUGGAAGCCUUAUUCCAGACCGCCACGAUUUAUAUGAGUGACUGUAUCGAGUCACAGUUUCUACGAGGCAUGAGAGUUAUUCUGUGUCUCGGCAUUAUUUGUUCUUUGACAAGGCGAGCGAGCGCUCGUCUAUCGAUCGCUUCCGGAUUGAGACUGGCUCGGUGGGCGCGCCUGCAGCAGCAAGAUAUCUUGCCUUUGGUCGCGUACCGAAAAGUCUACCGGUCGCUUGUCUUUAUGGAAUGCUGGCUUGCUUCAAGCCUCGGAUAUCAGCCAGACCUCAUUAACGACGAGGCGGAGUUUACGAGACAAGAGAUUAUCGAAGCCCAACCCACGACCGAGUACCGCAUCCAAGCCGAAAUCUGCACUGUCGGUCUGAUGACGGCGGGGAUUCUGCUCGACGUCCACAACAAGUCGACCUCGGCAGUCUUCUCCGUUGUCGAGAAGCAUUUGCGGAUACUAGGUGAGUGGGAGGAAAAACUACCCGACUUUAUGAGGCUGGACGCGCUAGUUCACGCCCACGAGAACCAAUUCCGCGAGCCACAGCGACCGGCCUUUGUUCUCGUACAUGUGAUGUUCCUGGGAGCCAAAAUGAUGCUCCUGAGACGACUAUUGGUGGAAAUGGCAAAUUGUCGAAUGAAUAGGCGGUGGACGCUGGAUGGAACGCCCACGCAGGGCGAGAGCAUUCAGAGGGAGUGUGUCGAGGCCGCCGAGCUGUGUGUCCGUCUGCUUGAUGCUCUGGGAUUCACCAAACGCAAAUCUCGCAGAAGUUGGCUCUGUGUUGGGCACGCCUUUAGCGCCUGCAGUGUCCUCCUGUUUGCGGCGGCUCAGCGACUCUUGUACGACCAGAGAGACAAGGUCCAAAUCUUCCUCGCACAGUCGCAGGAAUGUAUCAAUAUGCUCGCCGGCUGCAGCGUCGUCGAUCGUGUGGCGAAUUCGCUGCUUCAGAUCGUCCGGCCGCUGCACCAGGAUCUUCAGCGACUCGCCAGUAACGAAUCCAGCGGUCGCCCGAAGAGCGGAAUCUACGAUCUACUCGAAAACCCACAUGCGGAUGCUGCUGCUGCCACCGGCAGUAGUAGUACACCCACCGCCCUGACGGGAAUGCUGCAAGGGUGGUCCCCUGCUGGAGGAGGAGGAGGAGGAGGAGCCCAGCAAUACCACCUGCAGCGCUCUACCACCGGCCAACCCAGUACGAUACCACCCAUACGCAGCGCCGCUAUUCCGGCCAUGCAGAACGCGAUUGAAGUCCUAGGAAACCCGUUCGGCCUUCCCACGAUCCGUUCGCCGCCGCCGCCGCUGGGGACUGUAACGUCCCAAGUUGGGGGAUUUGAUGAUACCGCGUGA